AUGGCUUCCGGACACACUUCAGCGUUCUCCGCGUCGACCCAGCACCGCGUCUUGGGUGAUGGUCGCUCGUCAUUCAGCCAAGAUGGCGGUUCAGUGGAUGGAAGUUAUACCGAUGGAGCUGCCCGAUCAGUGCGCAAUGGAAGGUCGGGAUCUGGAGGCAGCAUUUCGACAGCUCCUCGUGGAGCAUCACUGGCCCCUUCCUUUGGCGGGCCAGGCAGCUUCAGUGCGGAGCUCAAGAGCAUGAAUUCCCGCAGCGUGACCCCCCGCCCCGAUGGCACGUAUACGAGACGAGCCAGCCGAUCGAUCGGCGAAGACGAUUUACCCACAACAGAGGAGCGCCAGGCUAUUAUUCGAGAUAAGAUUGCGAAGGAGAUGAAAAUUAAGACUGGGACGGAGAACAUGCUGGAAGCGCUGUACGCAAAGCCUCCCAAACAGACCAAGGAACAGCGGCUACGGGUGGAGUCAGAAUUGAGCUCAUCCAACCGCAAAUUGGCGGAGUUACAAAAUGAGCUGGAAGAGGAGCUGUUACGCGCGCAGGCGCCGUCCAGCACUCCCCCGCGCAGUCGUCUCUCGAGCCUUUUUAGAGGGAGUCCUAUGCGUUCACCAACCCGCAAUCACAACCCCACUCCUGGACCCUUUGAUGAAGAUGGACAACAAGAUGACGAAGGGGAAAUAGAGUCUCCGACAUACGUUCUUACGGAAACUCUCCAGGCCCUUGAGAUUGAGGGAAUGUCACCUGAUUUCUAUGUUGAGCGCGCGAACAGCUUAGUCGAGCUGUUCAAACGAUAUCCCACACUCAAAUAUGAUCUCGCGUGGUCCGUUUUCGGGCUACGUGUCCAAGUCAUGCUUCUUGGUGACAGCAAAGAAGUGGUGGCUGCUGGCUACCGGUUGACUCGUUACGCCAUCGCAGACCGAAAAUCACUCCAGACUAUCCGAGCACUGCACACAGACGAACUGGUGAUAUUGUCAUUAGUCAAGGAAAGUAAAGCCAGUAUCGAAAGGGAACAAGCUUUGAAAUUUGUGAGAGCUUUUCUCGAUGUGAAAGACGGAGUCAAGGAAAUAUCCCGCGCCAUCGUGAGAACCAUCGUCUCCAUUGCAGAGCAUCAUGAUGAUCGUUUACGGAACAUAUCGAUCAUGACAUUGGCGGAGAUGUUGGUCAAAGAUCCUGAACUCGUGGCCUCCGCAGGCGGAUUUGCUGCUCUACAUGAUGCUUUGUCCGAAGGCACAUUUGGUGCUUCCGAGAGUUUGAUCUCAAGUUUCUUGCAUGUCCUUGAUACCCCACGCAGCCGAAAGUAUCUGCAAGGCUGCGAACUAGAAGCCGUCCUGGCACCUUUCACCGACUCCUUAGCUGAUUCUUUGCGAAAUGGCCGGUUAAAGUCUGCCGCCCGAGCAAUCUCCGCAAUGCUCAAAACAUGGCCUGGUCUAGUGAUCCUUGCAAGACACCAAGCCAGACCAUUGCGGUCUCUCCUUGAGUCUCUUCAGUAUCCUGACUCCCAAGCUCGCGACCUCAUCAUGGAGUUACUAUUCGACGCCCUGCGAAUAAAGCCUCCAUCCUGGUCAUCUUCUUUCCUUGCGGGUAGGAGACUCACCACUUAUGGUCGAGUGUCAAACCUACGCUCUGAUACCGAUCUCAAGCAUCCGCGCGGCUUUGCAGAUAGCACUGCCAACAAGUUUGACCUGACGGCACACUUUUCUACUCUCAUCCUGGCAGCCUUGGUUGCUGCAGGCUUACCGAAGGCUCUCUCUGAUCUGAUUGAGGAUGAAACAGAUCCUUCACUUAGACGCAAAGCUACGCUCCUCCUAACUGAAGUUCUCAAGCUGGCUCAUCAUUCACUACCAGCCACCAUCAGUGCAAACUUGCAAGUUCUUCCACAUCUGCUUCCUGCUGCCAUCAAAUUUGACACCGAGAAUCAUGAUGUUUCAACUUCAACCAUCUUCCAGAUCGAAAGCAUCAACCGAACAUUGGCACGCUCUGGAGCAGUGCCCAAUGGAGUAGGACGCUAUAAUGUGGACUCUGAUAUUUCAGCCUCUUUGCUACCAAUUGAUCAGGGUAAAGAUAAGCUGACAUACUCCAUGGAUGAGACUCAGUUCCGCAAUGCAAUUUUGGAGACUCAUGUCUUAAACACCGUCAAUUAUAUCAAGUGGAAGUGGGAUCUCAUCCAUCGUCUUGUCGAAGGCCCUCUUACCAACCCCAAGCGAAUGGAUGAGGCCAUUAAGGGUUCCAAGUUUAUGAAACGGCUUGUUGGGUUUUACCGACCCUUUAAGUAUCGAUUUUCUAUGGUUCCAAACACCAAGCCAAACCAGCGCUAUGUUCGAACAGGUUGCGCCUUGAUGCGUACUCUCGUUCAGACCCCAGAGGGAACUAAGUAUCUUGCUGAAAACAAGUUUCUGCGGCAAGUUGCUGAGUGUCUCGCGCAGUUGGAUCGUAUGAGUGGCUUGACCUCUGCCUCCCCGUUGUUCUCCCGGGAGCAAAUGGGAAAUACAUUGAGUGGCGGAUACUUUGCGAUGCUAGGAACACUGAGCGCUGAUGCGAACGGCCUCCUCAUGAUGGAACGAUGGCACAUGUUGAACAUGUUUUAUCAUAUCAUCGAGUUGCAAGAUCGGAAUGACCUGAUCCAGACCCUCUUGGGAAAUAUGGAUUAUAGUCAGGAAAGCCAUCUCAGGGUCAUGCUUUCGAAAGCGCUCACAAUUGGUUCAAAGGAGAUCCGAAUUUUUGCAACACGGCUUCUGCGCAAAUAUGCGGUGGGCGAUGUCACAGUUUCUCCUCACGUGGCGAUUGGAAAUGCUGAAUGGGUGGUCAAACUUCUGGUGACUCAGCUAUACGACCCCGAUGUCACAGUAUGCCAGGUUGCUGUAAAGAUUCUUGAAGAGGCGUGCAACCAGCGAGACUAUCUUGAAUUCGUGGUCAAAUGUCGACCGUCUCUUGAUCACCUAGGAGAGAUUGGAGCACCACUUCUCCUGCGCUUCCUGUCAACCUCGGUUGGCUACCAUUAUUUGGAUGGCCUAGAUUAUAUCACACAGGAGAUGGACGACUGGUUCCUUGGUCGUAAUGAUUCUUACGUUGGUCUUGUGGAGGCAGCCUUAUCCCGAGCCUACGUUGAUCAACCGCGUCGCAAUAGCUUUGCACCGGAGGAUUUGGUCGAUAUGCAGGAUAUCGGAGUGGUGCCGCCUCAUUUCUACCGUGAACUCGCCCGAACCGCAGAAGGUUGCAAGUUACUGGAGCAGUCCGGUCAUUUCAAUGAAUUUGCUUGGACAAUUCGCGAUUUCCGCCUCGACGAGGAAGAUCACGAGGCGCUUCUCAAGGUGAAAGGAUGCCUCUGGGCAGUUGGUAACGUUGGAUCAAUGGAGCUUGGUGCGCCAUUCCUUGAAACGGAAAUUGUACAACGCAUAGUGGCCAUUGCCGAGAGCGCCGGAGUUUUGACAAUGCGAGGAACUGCUUUCUUCGUCCUCGGUCUGAUCUCUCGCAGUCGGCACGGGCUUAAGGUGCUUCGGGGUAUGGGAUGGGAUUCAGCCAUUGACCAAGAAGGCGAUUCGCUUGGUCUUUGUCUUCCUACAGACUUCCGCAAGCUGUUUUUGAUAUCUUUCCCUGGUUACAAUUCCGAGAAGAAACGCACACCACAAGACAAACUCAAGGAGGUCACCACCGAUUCCGACGCCACCAACCAAAAAAUCCUGAAGCUGGUUGUUGACAUGGGAAAUACCGUUCUAUCCAAGCGAUCUGCAUCCGACCUACACGGUAUGAAAUCUAAGCAACCUGAACGGUUUCAUCAAGUUCACCUUUUCCGAAAGACGCUUUGCAUCCUCGAAAGCCACCAUUACCGGUUACCAGCGCGACGGUUUGCCCUCGACCUCUUCGACAAGAGCGUAAUGAGACGCAUAGUCCUCGAAGAAGAUUCUGAGUCUGAUUCGGACUCUUCCACAUAG